AUGCCUUCAUUUCCUACCACACCAUUGGUCCGGCCAAGAGAAGACGGUCUACAGAUUAGCUAUCGGCUUCCCCAUCGUGUCCACGCUGCCAAGGGCUAUCCGCUCAGAGCUCCAAACGGCUCCUCGAUCAUCAUCUACGGCAAUGAGAAUGGACUGAAGGUUAUCUGGAGAGGAGGGAGGCAAUUCUCGGCGCUGAAGGCGCCCGAGUCCCGAGAAAGGGACAAACCCACAGAAGUCACUGGUGGCGACGAUGCAGUGAUGGUGAUUGACUCAGACGAAGACGAUGCGCCCGAGCCGCCAGCACCAGAAGAGCCCGGAUACGAAUUCAGCAAAGAGGAGACUGAGGUCAAUCCCGCCUUUCCCUUCGAGGAGAUAUUGCGACAAGUCGAUAUUCCUUUGGGAAGCCGAGUGCUGGACAUGGCAGUGCCUCACGUUCUUCCCGAAGGAUCGCGCUCGCCUCUUGAUCCGUUUCCACUUAUUCUGAAGAAUACAAUUGUGGUGGCGGCAGUCUGUUCGGAUUUCUCGACGUGGGUCGUGACUCUGCCGCUUGUUCCUCCUCACCCAACGCAGACAGACCCGAAAACUUGGCGCAUCCAAACGCUUAUGAUCAAUGGUGGCGUCACCCACCAGGAUAUCCCGCGCGGUGUAUCUCUCACUUUCACUUGUCAAGAAGUCGAGGAAGAACAGGAUCGGCGAAAGUCGCACAGUCACAUUGGAGGUUCCGGAAGAUGGGAUCUUCUCGUCGCGACGCAUUCUGCCGAAGGGUCUGGUGUGCUGUUGCUGCACCGAAUUCCGAUCCAAGAAGAUUUAACAGGCAAAGAAUCGUCGUUUGCUUUGUCAGAAGAAGACAUUGUCUCUCAACGUCGACACCUGCCAGCUCCGGCCCAGAAAAUUGUCUUUAACCCUUCCGCGUACCCAUCGCUUCGCCAUUCAACCCUGCUGGUGGCGUUUCACAGCGGGUGUGUCAAAGUCUACUCGUGCUUCUCAGUCAAACGGUCAUCAAAAUCCGCGCGGCGCGCAUCGAUUCCCCAGGAAGAGUAUGAAACCAUCGACACCGAGGGUCGAUGGCUGAUCAGUCUGUAUCCGGGAUUCGAGCAGGAUCCGGCCGGACUCCCUCGACGAAAGACAAUCAUUGAUGCCGACUGGGUCCUCGGCGGUCGAGCAGUCAUGGUGCUGCUCGUAGAUGGUGAAUGGGGAGUUUGGGAUAUUGAAGGUGCCGGGCCGGGAACCAGCAAGGGCCCACUGCACCGCCAGUCAAGUGUGCAGGGUGUGACGGGAGGUUCUCUGACCGCAUAUGCUGUCAGUGGGCGCAUCAUGACGCCGCUUUCCAACAGUCAGUCCGAAGCCGAGCAGCGGCCCCGGUUUGCACCGAUGACUCCCUCUACGAAGCGGGUUCGCGAAGAUACCCUUCUGAAAGGAUCUAUGAGUGCAGCAAGCCCGUCGCUCCGUGGGCAGAUCUCCGUGGCCCAGACCAACUCGUCGCAAGAUGCCCUGCCAGAUGAGUCGAUCCUGGUGCGCCACGGGCGCCAGAGCGCGGUUAUCCCGAGCUUACUAUCUCUUUGGCGCAACGCUGUCCGAGCUACCGGCACGUUUGACGCCUCGAACCGGUGCCGGGUAUCCCCAUUCCAAGACGUCAAUCUGAUGGGAGAGAAUUUCCAGGCGAUCGGCCACCUGCCCGCGCCGGAACGCCGUUCGCGAGGCCUCGACCGAUACGCCUUUGAUGUGCUGGUGGCGGCGGAGCAUCAGAUCAUGAUCCUUGCUCCCAAAUUAGUCGAGUCAGACGAGGGGGCGACAAAGGAAGAGGCGACCACGGAGACGGACCAGCUCCGAUUGCGACGAGGCGAGCUGGAUGUGGAGGGAAUGGGUCGUCUGCUGAACGGCAUGGCGAGCGGGACGGCAUCUUUGCGCAUGGGCAGCCCUGUGAAACGAGCACGCAUUUUCACCUAA